AAAGUUUUAACGUUUUAAAACUUUUAAUGACGCAUCACGACAACGCUGCGUUCUGUUCUGUUGCGCUAUGUAGCUGUUUUGUACUUCUGUGUAAAAGCGUGCGCGCUUGUGCGUAGGCUACCUGUUCACAGAAACGCGCAGGUGAGCAGGUUUUGAAUCACAUGAUCCUCUCUAUUGCCUAUGCAAGUUAUUUCAGGCGAUAUUCUCUGAAGCUCACCUUCCGCGUUUAAUAUUUCUGGUCAGAGAGAAGGAAUGGAAUGAACUGCUGGCAACAUCGACAGUUUCUGUUUCACGGAUGAAAUGCUUUGUUGUGUCACUUUAACGAAAUAACCUGUUGCCUGCCAUUUUUUAUGAAAGGAUUCAUCACAAAGUCGCGAUGUGGCGGAGUCAUAUGAUUCUUUAUCUGACAUGUCUCGCCUAUACGAAAUCUGCAGGUCCACUUUGUAACAGUGUGCCAGAGUUCAAACAUGAUCAAACUCAGUCGGUUUCGGGGACACUUGGCUCCUGCGUGGUCCUUACCUGCACAGUCUUCAUGGGUUUCAACCAAACUGAUUCAGACUGUGAAGAUCAUCUGGAGUGGACCAAAGAUGGCACAGCUCUUACCAACCAAACCAUCUAUCCUCAAAAUAUAAAAGGCUGGUACAACGAUGAAGGGCACAUAAUUGAGAGCAGUGACAUAACAGUGACCUUGAGAAGUCAAGCUGAUUUUGGCAUCUACUCCUGUAUGGUGAGGAACAGCACGGCGCAAUUCAACAUAGAAAAAUACAAAUUCCCUAGCCAUACAGGAGCAGUCAUGGCAUCGGUGGUCUUGUUGGUGGUACUCGCUCUCGCAGCAGUGGUCUAUUCCAAGUGCCAACUCAACUUUAAACUGUGGUAUAAGGACAUUUACGGGGAGUAUGAACUUAAUGAUGGCAAAAUUUAUGAUGCCUACAUCUCAUAUGUCAACAAUGAGAAUGACAGGAAGUUUGUCAACUUUAUCCUGAAACCUCACUUGGAGAACAAGUAUGGUCACAAGCUCCUCCUGAAUGACACAAACAUCCUUCCAGGAUCUGAGCCCUCUGCAGAGCUGCUAAUGAACAUUAGCCGGUGUCGACGGUUGAUUGUGGUGCUCUCACAGUCGUAUCUUGAGCAGGAGUGGUGUACUACCAACUUUAGACAGGGUCUCUGGCAAUUGAUCGAGCUGUCUAGGAAGCCCAUUUUCAUCUUAUUUCAAUCCCAGCAGAAGGAAAUUAACCCGACUAUCAGUCAACAGCUGAGAGAGCAUCAGCCACAACUCAAAACUCUUUCCUGGGGAGCACACUCCAUGACACCUUCCUCUGGGUUUUGGAAGGAGCUAGCCUUGGUAAUGCCACGUAAGGUGAUGUUUCACAGUGAAUCUGUGGGUGAUCCACAGACUUUGCUGCAGGGGGAUAAAGACCCGAUGCUCACGCAGGAGCCUGAUUACCUGGACUGCAAACCGGAUCCAGAUCCUGCAGGAGACCUGGGUCUGCGUUUACCCAUCUACAAGACCCUUCCCUCCAGAGCUCCAGUUCUUCCUACUGUCCCGGAUGCGACGGCUGAACCUAGAGCCCCAGAGAUCGAUGUGUCUGACCUCGGCUCUAGGAACUAUGAUGCUCGCACAGACUUUUACUGCCUGGUUACAGAGGACGAUUUCUGAUAUAUAAUCCUGUUCCCUUUUUCACUCUUAAAUCAUGUGGUCACUUUUUUGUCAAUAAUAUCGUUUUUUUAUGUGUUUAGCUGGCAAUUAUUUUGUUUAUCUGCUAUUUUAUAUUUUGAACAUGGAAAAUACUUUUAUGCAAAAUGUUUAAUAACAUUUAAUCUGCAGUCGCUGGCAUUGAUGUUCUGUAUAUAUUUUAAUAAAACAUGUUGUUGGGUUUGCUUUUUGAUUUGUUU